AAUACGUCUAUCAUACCAUUUUCUUCGACGGAACACUUUAUAAAUUUACAGAAUGGUUCAUUUUUAAGAGAUUACUUGAAUAAACAUUUGAUGUUGUCUUGAUGGUAGAGAUCUUCAGUAUAUUUUCUACAAAAAUAACAGAAUCAUCAAAUUUCUUGCCAGAUCUGACAAUAGCCAAUGCAUCUUGGUAGGUAACAAGGAAUCAGGUGGAGCGGAUAGAGGGUUGGGUAAUGGCCACUGCAGAGUCCUCUGACAACACUCCCAACAUCUCUGUGACAGUUCCUAGCAGCCCCGAGGAACUGCCAUCGCCUGUAACCAAAGAGGGGUCACCCAGGGUUCCGAAAGACAAUGUGAAGAACGGAGGAGAGGGAAGCGGAGAUGGGUCCGGGACAUCACCUUCUGGGUUCUACGGCUCUCCUAGCUCCAGGAAGCAGGGUGGGGAUAGUCCCGGGGGUGGCGACGCAGGUAGUCCUGGCACCCCACUUUCUUUGGACACUACUUUGAAGAGUCGUCAGAGUGUUGAUUCCCUUGGGACGCUGGCGAGCCAGUGCAGUAUUGGAGAUGGGGACACCAGUAGCCUGACCAGUGGGGCUAGUAGCCCAGGGGGAACCAGCUGUGGGAGUGGGAGAGUUGAUUCAAAGCUGGGAAAGAUCGAGGUGAUCAGAGGCAGUACUGAAGAAGAACUGUUGGCAAAGAUGGAAGAGCAAAACAGGCUUUUGGAGGCAGACUCCAAGUCUUUAAAGUCAGUGAGGUCUUCAAGGAGAGGUUCCAAUGCCAGCCAACAGUCUACCAGCUCUUCCACCAGUAACCUAAGCAGCCAGGCACUGAACAACAGCAGCGGGAGCGGAGGAGGUGCAGGAGGUGGAGGAGGCACAGGGAGCGUCGGAGGAGGGCCGGAGGAUGAGGAGAGCAUGAGCACGCAGGACCAGUGGUUGAUAUGGGGGAAGAUUGUCAAUGACUGGGAUGAAUACUCAAAGAGGAAGAGCAAACAAUUGAAGGAGCUUGUACGACUGGGUAUCCCGCACCAUUUUCGGGGCAUCGUCUGGCAGCUGAUGUGCGGUGCCUUCAACUCCCCUCUCAAGGAACAGUAUGCCCUCUACCUGAAGAUGCAGUCGUCCUACGAGCGGGUGAUCCGCAGAGACAUCGCCAGGACGUACCCUGAGCAUGAGUUCUUCAAGGAGAAGGAUGGACUGGGCCAGGAGACGCUCUUCAAUGUCAUGAAGGCUUACUCGUUGCAUGACAGAGAGGUUGGAUAUUGUCAAGGAAGUGCCUUUAUUGUUGGUCUUCUUCUUAUGCAGAUGCCAGAGGAAGAGGCUUUCUGUGUUCUUGUCAAACUGAUGCAGGACUAUGGUAUGAGGGAACUCUUCAAGCCAAACAUGGCCCAUCUAGGUCUCUGUAUGUUCCAGUUUGAGUGUAUGAUUCAGGACCUAUUACCUGAGCUUUACAAACAUUUUACGGCGCAGGGCUUCCAUACAUCGAUGUACGCGUCGUCAUGGUUUUUAACACUCUUUGCUGUCUGCUUGCCAAUCUCCCUCUCAAUGAGGAUCAUGGAUCUAUUUAUCUCAGAAGGUAUGGAAGCCAUCUUUAGGAUAGGAGCCGCUAUCCUUCAGCUGAACUGUGAAGACCUUCUAAGACUAGACAUGGAGGAGAUGUUAAGGUUCAUCCAGAAACACGCUCCUAAGAUACAUGAAGAUGAACCAGAGCAUCUUCUUCAGUCUUCCUACCUCAUUAAAUAUAAUGCAAAGAAGAUGAAAAGGCUAGAAAAAGACUACUUUACAUUCAAAGAAAAGGAGACUGAAGAACAGAUUGAAAUGAGGAGACUACGCACGGAAAACCGACUCCUCCAUCAAAGGAUCCAGAACCUUGAAAAAGAGAAUGAGCAGCUCGCCGACAAACUCAUCCAGGGUCAGCUCUCCUGGGCCAUGGAGGCCGAGGAGGUCUAUGCCAUCCGUCGGGAGCUGGAGCAGACACGAAACGACCGUAACGCCGUCGCCAAGGACCUUGAAGGGGCCCAGACUGUCAUCAACGACCUCAGAGAAAAGACCAUGGAGCGAAUCUCGCAAGCGUCUUCUCGCUUCAAAGAACUCUUGCGGAGGGCUAAGAACGAACAGCCCUCGGCGUUGGACAAGGAGGUGGAAUCCGUGGUGAUGGAACUGCAGGAAGAAUUGAUCUCAGUCCGAUUAAAAGAAGCCGAAUCGGCGGAGUCUCUCAAAACUUUUAGCACCAAGAUUGAGAGUCUUGAAAAGAUCAAUCAGAAGCUACGGAAGGAACCUGGACAUUCCAUCGCCGCCCUGCAGGAUGAGCUGAUAGCGGUCAAACUGAGGGAGGCUGAGGCCAACCUCGCUCUUAAAGAACUCAGGGAAAAGGUCAGCGACCUGGAGUCGCACUGGCAGAGACACCUGGAGAAGGUGACCGGGAAGCAGAAAGGGUCAAACUCAAGACCCACAAUCCAACAGAUCACGGAGGAGCUCAUGUCAGUGAGGUUACGAGAAGCGGACACAGCAGCUGACCUUAAGGAGACGCAACAAAGGGUCAUGGAACUGCAAACACAAAACCAAAUGACGAGUAACCAGAUGAGGAGGAUAGAGGAAGAGAGGAUAGAAGUCAAACAAGAUCUUGAGGCUUGUGAGAAGAGAGAACAAGAACUUCAGAGGCAAUUUUACGAGGCUCAGAAAGAACUAUGCAAACUAGAAGCAAGGAGCAAAGAAGAAAUGAUCAACGUAAGGUUAAGAGAAGCAGAAGCCAAUGCAGAGUUGAUUGAACUCAGGCAACGGGUUUCAGGCCUUGAUAUUCGGAAUCAAGAGCUGAUCACCAAGAACUCAUUAAUACAAGCUGAGAGUAAUCACAGGGUUGAAGAACUCAAAGAUAGAAUCAUGGAGUUAAAGAGAGAGGUGGCUGUCUUCAAGAAGCGAGAGAGGCUACGAUCAGGAGAGAAGGCUGCCGACAUCGAAUGCGAGAUCGAGGAAGAUCCCGAGCUUCUACAACGCGAGCAACGAGUCCUAGAGGACGAAGCCAACCAAGAGGAGGUGAUGGGCAUCGAUAUCUCCAUCAUCGAAUCCGACAACGAUGAGGACAUCAUCGCUGAGAUCUCCGACGAGGAGGUCUUGCCGAAGGACGAACCACCUCACUCUCCUCUAGAAAGGAAAGAAAGCACUGUAUGAUGAUUGCUGAUCUUAGCGGUGCUUCGGCCAUUCCCACCACAUUCUAGAAGUUCAAUGAUGAGAGUUAUACCCUGGUGAUUGAAGGAGUCGGAAAGUUCUUGCCAUGUUAUUGAUUAUAUGAUAGACUGCAGAGUGGGACGAGGUUUAGGAUGUGAUGUGGAACUGCUGAAAGACAUCUUAGGGAUUUGUAGAUCAGAUUUUCAUGGAAUCCUUUUGAAUGAAAUUGCUUUUGUGAUUGCGGGCCAAGGUAAAGACUAGGACCACUAAAGGAUAUCGGAGGACAUAAGAAUGUGAUUCCCGUAAAUAUGCAUUCUGUCACAGAUAGGAUUUUAAAAGAUUUAUUUGACAGGAACAUCAUGCAUGCAAUAGAGCCAAGAACAUGGGUUUAGACUGAUUCUUCAAUAUGGAAACCUUGCUCGAUAUUGACAUAACAUUAAUGGAGACAAGUUCUCGUGGUUAGUGCACCCUCUA